CUCACGGUUAAAGAUUACCAGGAAGAGUUGAGAAAUGUGAACAGGCCGAUGCUCUGCCCCCGGCUUCCGUCGCCUGUGGUUGUUCCCGCCUCUCCUGGGUCUUCCCUGUCAGCUCAGUUGGAUUGCGGCAGCACCGACCGAACUAUGAGUCAAUCUCGGUAGACCCUUUAAUGCAUACGUGAUUAAGCUGGUUCCAGUUCUGCCCGAUCGCUUCGAAACUGGAACGUACUGUUCGGUUCGUUCAUCGGGUCGGGGAUGGAGCGAAGUUGUGAUUUUGAUGAGGAAUAUGGAGUCGGUAGGAGGAACGAGGCAAAGGGUGUUGUUGCGAGAGACGAGCAAGAAGUGGACAGGAUCGAGGAUUUGCCGGAUUCCAUAUUGAUUCACAUCCUCUCGCUUCUACCCACUAGGGACGCUGUGAGGACCCUCGUCAUCCGUAGCUUUCGUCGCCUCUGGACCUCGGUUUACAAUCUGGACUUCGAUUGGUGCCUGUACCACGAUUGCUCGAACAAUUCGUCCUUGCGCUACUACCAAGAGAGCAGCCUGUUGAGGCUUGCGGAGCUCGUUCGCCACGUGCUCGCGCUUCACCAAGGUCCCAGGAUUCGUGAAUUCCGCCUUCAUUUCGAGUUUUCCAUAUACCACCCAUUGGAUGAGCUGAUGUUUCUUGAGCCCGAGAAGCAGGACAUCACGAUUAGGACUGGGGGAUAUGCAGGUGAGGUCAAUCGUUGGAUCGAAUUUGCAGUGAAUAAGAAUGCUGAGAUCCUUGACUUGGAUUUUAUGGCAUGCGGCUUUCUCAACGCGACUAAAUAUGAAUUGCCUGGUUUUGUUCUCCAGAGCAGCUUCUUAACUGAAUUGAAGUUGGUGAGCUGCAAAGUGAAUUUCUCUACAAAAAUUGUCAUGAGGGCGCUUAAAGUGUUGUAUCUUAAGGAAAUUGCGUUGAAUGAUGUUCCGAUCAAGAAUUUUAUAGAUGGGUGUCCAGUGCUCGAGAGCUUGACUGUACUGGAUUGUUACGGUCUGCGUGAACUGAAUUGUGCUUCCCAGGAACUUAGGAUUUUGACGGUCGCUCCACGUUUUGCUAUUGAGCCGAGAGUUAAAGUCGCCUGUCCAAAUAUCAAGUCACUGAGCAUCUCUGGAUGGCUUGAGCUUCUGGAACUAGAGAACCUACCAUCUCUACGAGAUGCAUCCGUUGAUUGCCAUGACUGUUUCAGGCAUAUACCUUUUGAAUAUUGUGAGGUCCAAAAGAUUCUGGAGAAGCUUCAUCAGGUGAAAGUACUUACAAUGCAUCACCCACCGAUUCUUGUUCUCACGGUAUGGGAGUUGACAAAUUUGCCUUGCCCAUCCAACAGUUGGCAGCGCUUGAUUCUUAGGACAAUGCUAACCAAGUGGCAUCUCCCAGGAAUUGCCAAUGUUUUGAGAAGCUCUCCUAGCUUGGAAAUGCUGGAUAUACACAUCAUCCCGGGUGAAGCGCCUUCCAUUACUGCCCAAGAAGCAUGGCUGCAUUUGUACAAGAUUCGUGAAGGGAACUACUGGGAUUUACAAGAUCGCUCUUUUGGAUGUCUUACAGACUGCCUCAGAAUUGUCAAAAUAUCCGGCGACAUAACGAAGGAUCAUGCAAUUCAAUUAGUGCAGUUUUUACUUCGUAGGGCAUUGGUUUUACAGAAGCUUGUCAUCUCCGCGGGGCUGAAUGAUUGUUCUAUCUCAGUCGAGGAAUGGAAGGAAUAUUCCGACAAGUUGUUGAGUUUUCCGAGAGGUUCUCCUCAAGCUGCGGUUUCGUUUUCUGAUGAAUGACGUUCUUUCCUGAAUGCUAAGAUUAACCGGGGGUUAGUUAAUAAGAAGCGGCACCGACGGCAAGGUUGAUCGAUAAAGUCCUGAUCAACCAGAAUUUGUAAA